AUGUUUGGGGUUUCACAUUUGAGGAACAAAAGAGUGUUGUCUAAUGGUUUCAUAUCCGUGGGGAAAGAGAAUUUGCAGUUGAUGUAUAGUGAUGGUGACAAAGCAUUUGGUGCAUCUAAUGAUCUUUGCAUUGAUGAGAGAUUGAGGAUUGCAUCAGAUGGUAUCAUAGUGAAUGACUGA